AUGCAGAGGGGGGUGCUCCCCGAGGUGACAUUCGAGGAGGUGGCCGUGGGUUUCUCUCCGGAAGAGUGGGCGGAGCUGGUGCCGUGGCAGCGAGCGCUGCACCGAGAGGUCAUGUGCGACAACUACGACCUGGUGGCCAGCCUGGACCCCAACUUCAAGUUCAGCCACAUGAAGGAGGAGUCACCCAGGGGGGUUCCCUGCGCUGGGGGGCCCAGCAGAGCUCCCGACACCACCGACCCCUUCCCCCCACGGUGUCGCGGGUUCGUGGGACCGGCGGUGGCUCCAGGACUCUCCCGCGGUGACACUCUGUUCCCAGCAGGUGCCUGGAGCGGUUCUGACAGCAAGGACGACACCGGGGGACCCUGGGAACCGGGGUCCGAUGUCCCCCACUCCGGCCGGCGUGUCACCGAGCCGGGGGGCUGUGCCCGGCCCGUCCCCCGGCAGCUGCCGGAGCUCCUCAUCGGCGGCACCCGCGGGGCCGGGCCCGCUCUCGGGGCGGACCCGGACCGGCCGUACCUGUGCGGCACCUGCGGCAAAUCCUUCCGGCACCACCGCAGCCUCCUGGCCCACAAGAAGCUGCGGGGAGGGGCCCGGGCCCGGCACGGCUGCGCCGAGUGCGGCCGCGCCUUCUGCCUGCGGGGGGACCUGCUGCGACACCGCGACACGCACCGGGUGCGGCCCCCGGGCCCCCGGCGCUGCCCGGGCGAGGAGCGACCCUUCGUGUGCGAGCGCUGCGGGCGCAGCUUCAGCUGGAGGGAGAGCCUGGAGCUGCACCUGCGGGAGCACCGCGCCCCCGAGCGCGCCCACCCGUGCCCCGAGUGCGGCCGCGUGUUCCCCCAUCCCCGGUACCUGUGGCUGCACCGCCGGGUGCACUCGGGACAGCGCCCCUUCCCCUGCGCCCGCUGCGGCCGCGCCUUCGCCUCGCAGGCAAACCUCAGCACACACCGCAGGACCCGCCGGCACUGCCGGCCCCGCAGAAUUUCCCCCUCUCCCCAGUAA